UCUUCCUGUCCUGCUGAUGCAGCUCAAACAUAAAGACAAAGGUGCCGCUCUGCAGUGGAACAAAACCCGCCGUGUUUCCAGAACGUCACUCUGACAUAAAGGCAGCCGUGCACCGCUCCUCAGCUGUUUGACACCUCGACCUUCCGUCAUGCCUCUCUCCAGAUGCCGCACCUCGGUUUUGGGACCCCUGUCCACUGAGCGCACAGCGUCCAGCUCCUGCACCAGGACAGGCGCAGGCGGAACCGCUGCACUGCGGUGCGUGUUUGCUGGUACCAUCCCUACCCUGGGUGGAGCCUCCAGCCUGGGCACACGGGUGUCCCGGCGUGCACUGGGUAUCAGCAGCGUGUUCCUGCAGGGAAUGAGAAGCAGCACUGCUCCUGUGCUGUCCCCCGGUGUCCGCCACAGCACUCCGGCAGCCAGCCUGAACAGCUGCCUGAUUGAGUAUUGUGACAAAGUGCAAGCACUCGAACAGCUGAACCAGCAGCUGGAGGAACGAAUCCGCCUGUGCCUGGAACGCAGAGCUUCCAGCACCGGCACCUGGGGCUCCCUCAGGACCCAGUGGGAGGACGUCUACCGGCAGGUCAGUGAAGCCAUCCUGGACAACGCCAGGCUGAUGCUGCUGACGGAGAAUGUCCAGGCCAACGCCGAGGACUUCAAGGACAGGUAUGAGAACGAGCAGCCAUUCAGGAAUGCGGUAGAGGAGGAGAUCAGCUCACUGUACAAAGUCAUUGAUGAUGCCAACAUGACAAAGGCGGAGCUUGAGGAGCAGACGGACAAGAUGAGGGCGGAGCUACGAAAUCUGGAACUCCAUUAUGAACAGGACGUUCAGGUUCUCUACAGUCAGAUCGCUGGACGUGAGGUGGACGAGACCGACAAACCCACAGAAACCAGUCUGGACCAGAUCCUGACUUACAUUCGCAAACACUGGGAGAAGGUGACUGAGAAGAAUCAAGCUGAGACUGACAACUACAAAGACUGUAAGCAGUGUGAGAGCAGCAGGCUCCGCCCCAAAGAGGAGGAGGUGGACACACUGAUAGCGGAGUGUCACAACACCGGCUGCAGGAUUCAGAGUCUGCAGGCUGAAACGGAGUCUAUCAGAGCCCUCAAACGUGGCCUGGAGAACUCCCUUGGCGAUGCCCGGUACUGGCAUGAGGUGGAACUGCAGAACUUAGGUUCAGUGGUGACAAAGCUGGAGGCGGAGCUCUCUGAUGUGCGCGGUGAGAUGGAGCAGCACCAUCGUGACUACGACGCCCUGUUAACCAGCAAGCAGCAGCUGGAGCAGGAGAUCAGCUUAUACCACAACAUCCUGGACGGUGAGGAGACCCGGUUCAGGCCCACAGAGCCCACGUGCCCAGAUCAGCCUUCCCAGUCCGAGGGAGCUGCCGGUUCUCCUGAACCAGAGUCCAGGACCAACCCUGUGGGGCCAACAGACCAAUGAUGUGCUGCCCCUGUGCUACUGGCUGAGGGGAUCCAAACCCUGAGUUUGGCACCAGACAUGGAUCAC